UAUAAUUAAAUCUAAAUGAACAAUAAAAAAAUGCUACAAUUAUUUGGAAAAUUAAUUAGUUCUCUUGUAGUCUUAAUUGUGCUGGAUUUAAGUGAAUCAUUUAAUAUUGAUACAGACUAUCCAAUCAUUUUGCAACCACAAUUAAAAAGUGAAACAAUUAACAUUGAUUUUGGUGCUUCAGUUGUAAUUCAUCAAAAUAAGUAUUCAAGAAUUUUAAUCGGAGCACCAAAAGCAAAUUCAAUUAGAUCACCAUCAAAACGAAUCGGAGCUGUUUUUGAUUGUCAGUUAAUUGUUAACAACUCGAAAGCUCAAUGUACCCAAAUCGAUGAGCCAACAGAUUCAAUUGCCAAUAUGCAUCUUGGGUCUUCACUCGCAAGUAAAUCUAAAUCAUCAUCAGCAAUUGCUUGUUCUCACCUUAAAACUAAAAGCGUUCAAACUAAUUCUGAUUAUCCAAAUGGUGCUUGUUAUACAAUCAAAUUAGCUGAACAAUCAGAAGCAAAAUAUGAUAAAAUCAUGAUACCAUUUGAGAAUCUGGCUCAAAUUUCUGGAAACUUUUAUUACUUUUCUCAUGGGAUGUUUGGAUUCUCAACUCUUUUCAUUGAGGAUUAUAAUCGAUGGAUUAUUGGAGCUCCUGGAUUUUCAGGGUGGCGAGGAGCCAUUGUAGUAUACAAUAAGCUUGAAGAUUCAUCAUCAAUUCGGAUAAAUCAUAUCGAUUCACCAUCAGAUUCAUAUUUUGGUUAUUCUUUGGCCACUGGUCACUUUUUCAGGGAUAAAAAGUUGUACGUUGCGAGUGGAGCACCAAGAGAUGGACACACUGGAUUGGUUUGCUAUUUCAAGUUUGACAAUCUACAAUUUGGAUCAAGUAAAUCAUCAUCAUCGAUUCCUGGAGUUCAACGAUUAAGAGGAAUAGAUACCGGGGAAUAUUUUGGAUAUUCAGUAUUAAUUGUCGAUAUUAAUGGUGAUUCAUUUGAUGAUCUAAUUGUUGGAGCUCCUCUUUACUCUCCCAACAAUCAUCGUCGAGGUGACAUUGGAAGAUGUUACAUUUACCUGAGCAAUGGCGAGACUUUUGCUAAUCCAGUUUUCAAAUAUGGAGAUAGUAAUCCCAAAUCCCGAUUUGGUUCAUCGAUGGCACAACUUGGUGACAUUAAUUUCGAUGGAUAUAAAGAUGUUGUUAUCGGAGCUCCAUUUGAAGAUGAGUGUGGAGCCAUUUAUAUCUAUCAUGGAAGUAGAUCUGGAUUAACAGAGAAAUAUUCUCAGAAAAUCUCAGCUUGUGAUCCUAAUAAUAAACUUAAAUCAUCUAAACCAUUAAAAGGAUUUGGCUUCAGUCUUUCAAAAGCUUUCGACAUGGAUGGAAACAAUUAUCCCGAUUUACUGAUUGGAUCUCCAUUAUCUGAUUCGGCCGUUGUCCUGAGAUCAAAACCAAUUGGAUCUCUGAAAGUAGAUCUCAAAUUUGAUGUCAUUUCAAUUGAUGUGAACAGAAAAAAUUGUAAAAAUAUCAACUCAAAGGAUUUGGUUCCUUGUUUCAAUUUGACUUAUUGUAUGAUUUUGAGAGGAAAUUAUCUCAAUGGUUAUCACACAAUUAACUUGAUAUUGGAUAUUGACACGUUAUUACGACCCGAUGAAACACCGAGGGCAUAUUUCAUUCAGAACAAUUCAAAAUUUAGAUCAUUUUCUAAACGGAUAACAAUUAGCUCUCAUAGAGAGUUUUGUGAAAAUCCUAUUCAAUUAAUGAUCAAUAAAGAUGUUCGUGAUAAAUUAACGCCAAUGGAGGUCACUUUGAACUAUUCACUGUACGACGAAUCGAUUGACUUUUGUUCAACUUGUCCACAUUUGAUUGGGUCACAAAUAAAAGAUCAAAUUACUUUCGAAACUGGUUGUGGUCCUGAUGGUAUAUGUACUUCUGAUGUUUCAUUGUCUAUUAAAUUAGUUGAUGAAUUAGGCUCAUUACAAUCAGUAAUUGAAGGUUUUCAUGAUUCAGUUAAAUUGAUUGUUUCUCUUUACAAUUAUGGGGAAAACGCUCAUUCGUCAAAAUUAGAGUUAAUUGUUGAACCUCCUUUGAAAACUCAGAUCAAUUCUUAUGAUAUUUUCAACGAUACAACUUUAAUAAUCAAUCGAGAUGUUGGUAAUCCGCUUGGUCCAGGCUCGAAUGAGUUUUUAAUCCCAUUUAACUUGAAAUCUUCAAUAAUUUAUGAUCAACAACGAAUUAACUUCACUUGUAUCUUUACAACUCGAAGUGAUUUAAGAUCAACUGUCAAUGGAUCAAUUAAACAAUCGUUAUCUAUUCCAAUUGAAAGAGUCGCUUCGUUAACUAUUGAUGGAAUAAUAAGUGAUCCAAUAUUCUUCGAACAUCCAGAAACUCGAUCAGUAAAGCACAAGAAAUUCGCUCUAUUGUUCUUAAUUCGAAAAAGUAAUUACAGUUCCAUCCGCAGUCCAAGAGUUACUUUCAGUCUACCGGUUUCUUCAUCCGGUUCCGAUUUCAUCUACGAGCCUAAAUUUGAGGUUCAUGAUUUAACGCCGAUAUCUUGUAAACCUCUGGGAUUAGAACACAGUCCAAAUGAUGAGAAUGAGUAUCCACCAUCCGAAAGUAGUGCAACAUCCGAAGCUCUCAAGUCAAGUGAUCAAAUUUCGUUAGCAAGACAAAAACGAGACAAUUUAAGAAAUGAAAAUAAAAUUCUAGAUUCACAGAUCAAUUUGGAUUGUUCAACGACAAAGUGUAAGGAAAUCGAGUGUAAACUUGGCAACAUUGGAACCGGAGAGAAGGGACUAACAAUUAAGAUGAUUGUUGCAGUUAAUUUGGAGAAAUUGGAGAAAUCAUUUGGAUCGAAUGUUAAAGUUUUCAAUUAUUCAGUUGAAGCAAAAACCGCAUUUUUUGAUCAAAUGGUCAAAGGAAAUAAUCAAUGGUCAAAAUUAACUAAUUCAGAUAUUCAACUGAAACAAUUACCCUACAAAGAAGCUGUUGCUCUUUGGAUUAUCAUUUCAUGUUCAUUUACAGGUUUACUGUUUCUACUAUUGAUCAUUAUAGCUUUAAUCAAGGUUGGAUUUUUCAAAAGGAAAAAGCGAGAACAGAUCGAAGUCCUUAAACAACGAUACAGUAUGGCCAUAAAUCCAAAUUUGCUGAAGGAAUUAGGCUUAAGUUUACAUGAUGAUGAUGAAGAUGAUGAUUCUCAAGAUGAUGAAUCUAAUCAAAGUACUGAACUGAAUAAAGAAAAUUAAUCAUUUACAA